AUGUAUUAUUAUCAGUUGAAAUGUGUAUUAUAUACACCAGAACAAAUCACAUUCCCCUCUAAUUUUUUUAGUCAUUCUUUUCCAACUAUCAAUCCCGUAUCAAUUGAUUUUUUUGACGAUUAUAGGAAUAAAUCAUUAAUUUCAUCUUCAUCGUCAUCAUCAUUGCAAAGACGACCCUCUCAACAUCCCAUCAAACAUGUCCCUCCUACACCCAUUAGUCAUACUACGACUUCUAAUGCAACAGAAAACACUUAUCUUAAAAAUCAUACAGAUUUUCGGUUAGGAUCUAUUCACAUUACUUCUAUCGACAAACAAAAUAAAAAAAAGCAAUGGCAUCUUGGUUAUGGUAUCCUUCAUCUCUAUCGUAGUAUGGAAGAAACAGAGCCUGACAGUGAUACUCUUUGUAUUUUGGCAGUACCUUCUUAUAUGACAGAUACUGAUUUUAUACAAUUUGUGGGUAGUCAUCAUAAAAGUCAUAUUCUACAGUAUAGGUUCAUAAAAGAUUAUUCUCCAAACAAAUAUACAGUACUAGUGAAAUUUGAUAGUCGAGCAAGUGCUCAUGACUUUUAUAACAAGUUUAAUGGAAGACGAUUCAAUAUGACUGAGCCUGAAAUUAGCCAUGUUGUCUAUAUCCAACGACAAUCUAUUGAAUCUAUUCAUAUCGCUCCUCAUACUUACCCUCAUAUGAAUGAAACUUUAGGUCCACCUACAGAUACAGAAUUACCUACUUGUCCCACCUGUCUUGAACGACUUGAUGAAACAGUAACGGGACUUAAACCGAUCCAAUGUCACCAUAUUGCAACACAGUGCGUUUGUCUUGAUAAAUGGGGACAAAACCAAUGUCCUAUUUGCCAAUACUCUCAGAGGCCAACUCAUCAAAGGCCUCUUACAAAAUCCCUGGUAUUUGAUCGUCAAAAUUGCUGUUGCUUUCAAUGUGGCUCCUCCACCUGUAACCUGUGGAUCUGUAUGAUAUGUGGUCAUAUUGGAUGUGGACGAUAUCAAUCUGCACAUGCCUAUCAUCAUUAUCGUGACUGCCAACAUAGCUAUGCAUUAGAAAUUGAUACUCAACGCGUCUGGGAUUAUGUUCAAGAUGGUUAUGUACAUCGACUGAUUCAGAAUACAGUGGACGGUGGGUUAGUUGAAUUACCGUCGAUGCAUCGAACGACUCAAGCCCCCGAGACAUCAUCCUUGUCCAAUACAUCUACUACCAGUGAUAAUCAUGAAAAGUUGAUGGAUAGUCUGUCGGCUGAUCAUACUUAUAUGAUGACAUCUCAGCUUGAUUCACAACGUAUUUAUUAUGAAGAACAAUUAGAAGGUCUUAUGAAGCAACUGACUGUGUUUACAAACCAGAUAAAAUCAAUACAUGACGCGAUUGAAGAAGGUAAGGAAAAAUAUAAUGUAUUGCUCGAUCGAAAUGUGUCGUUAGAUAUGGCGAUGGAAGAUUUGAAAAAAGACAAAGAAAAGGUAGAUAAACGGAUUCAAAAUUACAAAGAAAAAUAUAAAGUGAUGCAAAAGAAUUUAGCCGAAGAGAAACUGGUAAAUAAACAAACAAACAAACAAAAGGGGAACAUGAGUAAACAUAUACUUAUUACUGGGUUUUUUUUAUUAUUAUUAUUUUCCUUUUUUCUUAUAUAUAUAUAUUUGUGUACAUAUAGCUUAAGAAAUCACUCAUCAAAAAUAAUGAGUUAUUAA